AUGCAGCUCGCUCAACUGAUUACAUUCUGUGCGACGUACAUUGUCACCGUACACGCGGACGUCGGUGAUGGCAGUGUCUCGGGCACACGCCUGCCAAAGCCUUCCCGGGACCCGUGGAUGACCACACCGCCACCGGCCGGGUGGGAGUCUGCGGCACUCGGUACGGUGCUCAAAGUGCGCCCGCACGCUUACAACAUGUCCAAGUCGGCCAUCGGCUUCGAGGGCUACCGCGACGUGUUCCAGCUGAUGUUCCGGUCGUCGGACAGUCACAGCCAGCCGAUGGUGGGCGUGACAACCGUUUUCGUGCCGGAUGGACGCGGCGGCGACGGAGCCGGCAAUGCGUCCACCUCCCAUGUCCCCGUCUUGUCGUACCACCCGCCAUACGACACGGCGUGCAUCGACGCCAGUCCCAGCUACGGGCUGCAGUUCGGCGAGCCGUACGGGGAGAUUGCAUUGGCCCUCAAGCGCGGCUGGUUUGUGUCGGUGCCCGACUACGAGGGUCCACAGGCGAGUUAUGGCGCCGGUGUGCUGGCCGGGCACGUCCUGUUGGAUGCCACCAAGGCGGUCGUCGCCACGCUGCGCCAGGGCGUGCCGACGUCCGCCGACCUGCCCACAUUCAGAAACACGACCGCCACGCCAGCCACGCCAGCCACGCACAACGUGACCGUUGCCUUCUGGGGGUACAGCAGCGGCGCCGGGGCCACAAACUUUGCCCUCGAAAUGGCCGACGCGUACGCCCCCGACUUGGUGCUGCACGGCGCUGUCGUUGGCGGCAUGACGGCCAACCUCACGCACAGCCUCGAGCUGCUGAGCGGGCGCGAUGUGGCCGGCCUGCUGGCGCAGACGCUCUUGGGCAUCACGACGCAGUACCCGGACCAGAAGAAGGUCCUGGACGACAGCCUGUGGCCCUCUGGCAUCUACAACGUGAGCGAGUUCUACAGCGCGCGCAACAUGAGCGGCUGGCAGUCGCUGGUGCACUUUGCGUACCAGAACAUGUUCUCGUAUUUCCGAGAGAGCCGUGCCUCCAUUUUCGGGCCGGCGUCGAUGCGCGAGAUGCUGAAGACGGAGGGAUGGGCCGGGCAGCACGGCACACCGCCAUGGCGGACGCGCACGUUCUACUACCAGGCCGUGGCCGACGAGAUGUGCCCGGCCGAACAGGUGGACCGGCUGGUUGACUCGAUUUGCGCGGCGCGCAAGAACGCGACGGCAUCGUCGUCGUCGUCGCCGUCGCUCUUCCUCUACCAGCGAAACCUGGUUGGCGGACACAAUGACGAGCUGAGUAAUGGCCGGCAGCGGGCGCUGGAUUUCCUUGGCGAGAUCUUGGACGGGACGCAAACGGCCAUGACAGCCGGCCUACCAGCGACGGGAUGUGUGAUACAAAACGUGACGGUGUCUGUUGAUCCCAAUGGGCCGUUUCACUAG